AUGUAUAUAUUUUGUACCAGUUUCUCCUUGCGUCCAAGUGUAAGAAAGGCUGAAAGGGAGAGCUCAUUCUUGAAAAAUGGAAGCAUGUUAUUGGAGGAUUUUAUUGCUUCGUGUGAUGGAAAAUCUAGCCCUAUUCACACAUACUCUGCUGAUGAGCUCGUCAAGGCAACUGACAAUUUUGAUCCUUCUUGCCUUAUAAGUGAGGAUUCAUUCUUCCAACUGUUCAGAGGUUUCCUAGAUGACGGCUCAGUUCUCAUUAAGAAGUACUUCCAAGGGCCCUGGCCUAUUGAGGUUGAAGUUACAUCCAUGGCCAGUCAUGAUAUUAUCAUAUUGAUGCAGAUGAGUACGCAUAAGAACGUUUUGAAACUCUUGGGCUGCUGCUUAGAGUUCUCUAUACCAGCUCUGGUGCUUGAAUACGUAGCAAAAGGAGUUCUCGACCACCAUGGAUGUUUAGGGGAUACUGAAUCAUUACCACGGAAAACUAGAAUGCUAAUUGCAAAGAAAGUUGCAAAUGCACUUGCAUAUCUCCAUACUGCCUUUUCCAGGCCCAUCAUUCAUAGGGAUCUAAACCCCACAUGCAUUUUCUUGGACGAUGACUACUUUCCCAAACUCUCCAACUUUUCACUAUCGAUCACGAUUCCUCCUCAACAAUUGCACGUUGAAGAUGAUGUGAAAGGAGUGAAAGGAACAUAUAGGUAUGCUGACCCUACCUACAUGGCAACUGGGUACAUUACCGAAACAGAUUUUUAUAGCUUUGGUGUGGUUUUACUUGUAUUCUUGAUGGGACAAAAAAUUCAGGAUGUGGAUUAA